CCAAGUCAAGAAGAGCAUCUGGGAUAUCACCAGCUUCUUUGGUGCCCCGGCCCGCCUGAACCCCAGGCGCCCGGAGGCCAGUGACUGCAAUGGCGCGCAGCCGGGGGAUUCAACCGGAGAGGAACUUCCCAAACAUUCACCUCAUAAACUGACAGAUUCUGGAUCUGAGAAAAAUGAGUUUACAUCGGAUAAGAAAACGCCAAAUGGAGCAAAUGAAGAUUCAAGUAAAGUAAAACAGGAUCCCCCAAGCCAGGAUAUGCCUUCCUUUAGUUUUCCUCGGAACCAGCAAGUUGGUAAGACAAGGAUAAGUGGUCGUCAUCAUGUUAAGGCUCCCCCAGACAACCCUCUAGCCAAGAAGCAGGUUGCUCCAGAAAAGAGCCGUUUGGAGAAAUCCCCUGCGGAAGCGGGCAGGGCUCUGAGGAGAUCACGAUGUACCGUGGAAGAGGGUGUUCAGAGAGAGGAGAGAGAGAAGUAUCAAAGGCUAUUACAACGACUUAAAGAAGGAUACCAUGGAAACUGUCUCACUCCUGUCAAUGCAAACCAUCACAGUUCUCAACGAGGUCAUGCGGAAGCACUAAGGAAUGGCGGCUGGGGGGAAGAACAGCACCAUGGAAUGAGAGCAGGUCAGCUUGUUCCAAAGCAAUACAGAGUUACUGAAAAGUGGGGACCUGUUCGUGUUAUGAGAAACGAGAAGAGGAAUUCUGGCCCCAUCCAUUUUUCUGAAAGGUAUUCUAAGGUGAAAAUUCCAGAGGCUGAAAAGACAACUGGACGUAUGUUAGAAAAUGAAAGUGCUCCGGCUGAUCUCUCAGAAGAAGUAUCCGUCAGACUUCACUUGGGUAAUGGAAGUGCCCCCUCGCUCAGGCAGAGACACUCUGUGGUGGAGGUGAAGGAAGAUCUCAGGCAGAGACGCUCCGUGGCCGAGGUGAAGGAAGAAGAACCUUGCCCAGACAAGGAAAAGGAAAAAACCCCAGAGGAGGAGGAAUACCUUGAGGACAUGGAAAAAGAAAUUAAUAGUGCCCUAGGCUCUGGUCCCCAACAUGAGAUCCUAAGCAGUGCUUUCAAAUUAAGAAUCACCCGUGGGGAUAUACACACCUUGAGGAAUUAUCACUGGCUCAAUGAUGAGAUUAUUAAUUUUUACAUGAAUCUUCUGGUGGAGAGAAAUAAAAAGCAAGGCUUGCCCAUCCUUCAUGCCUUUAGCACAUUCUUCUAUCCUAAACUGAGUACUGGUGGUUACCAAGCAGUGAAGAGAUGGACCAAAGGAAUAGACCUCUUUGGUCAAGAGCUUAUUUUGGUGCCCAUUCAUCGGAGGGUACAUUGGAGCUUAGUGGUGAUAGACCUGAGGAAAAAGAAUAUCAAGUACCUGGAUUCUAUGGGACAAAAAGGCCAUCGAAUCUGUCACCUGUUGUUCAAAUAUCUACAAGAGGAAAGCAAGAACAAAAGAAAUCGAGAGCUGGAUACUGGCGAAUGGACUCUGAACAGCGCAAAACCCUAUGAGAUUCCUCAGCAAUUGAAUGGAAGUGAUUGUGGAAUGUUUACUUGUAAAUAUGCAGAUUAUCUCUCUCAGGAUAAGCCCAUCACCUUUACACAGAAUCAGAUGCCUCACUUCCGGAAGAGAAUGGUGUGGGAGAUUCUCCAUCAGCAGUUGCUCUGAGAACGUCCCUCUUGUUCCCUCCAGCUGUUCGGGACGCUCCCCAGUUGGUUCCAUUUACCUCCCGCCUCAUGAGUUAGAAAGUUCCAGAAUCCUUUCUGCUGCUUUGCAGGUACCAAGUUUCAAGGACUGCAUGGAGGCGUCCGGAGCCUCACCCUGGGGUACAGAAGACCGAUCACCCACCCACCUAUAACUGCCCACUCCAGGCCUGUGCCCUCCUGCGCAGUCCUUUGCUGGGCAACCCCUAUGAAAACAAACACUAAUUUAACAUGUGGUUAAAGGACAUUUUUUUCUUCAAGAAUGUAGGAAAUGCAGGGUUUACUCUGUGUGUAUGUGUAUGU